CACAGUGCGUGUUCCUCUUUCAUCGCGCUCGUACGCCAACUCUCAACGGCUGUGCGACGGUGUCUCCUCGUCGCUCUCUCCUGUGCCGCCGCCGCGUCCCAUUUCGAAAAAAUAUUUCCUCUCCGUUGAAACGUCAGCGCUGAGGCCAACCGCAGCGCUGCUGUUGCUCGCCGCCCGUCGAGUCCGCUCUCGCUCGUCGUUCUACCUGUAUUCGUUAUGUUUCUUCUUUAUUAGUUUUUAUUACCACUAUUGGCACAGUUUAGUCGUAGGUACUCGUAUAACAAUUAUUAUUAUUAUUAUUAUUAUUAUCAUCAUCAUCACCGUCGUCUAUUUGGAUAAUUUUUUUUCUCUUUUCACCCCGUCACGUUUACGUUCAAACGGCGUGUCCUUGCGUGCUCGUAAGUCGUGUUCAUUCCGAGUUCCGAUGGCGCAGGUCUACACCGUAUUUGGCGACGACGACGACAAUUAAUUUGUUCACGGCGUGGUGGUGCUACUCGACGCCAAUUGUCCAAUAUUGGUUCGCGACGACAACGCCCGGCCGCGAUCCGCGAUCUUCACACAAUAUUCCUCCCCGGAACGUGAGACGGACACGAUAUACACUCGUUAUACAUCCACCCCGCACAACAACAACAAUAAUGUUCAGCAAUAAACAUUUUUGAUAUCUGGUCUCCGCAGUGCUCGCUUGCAACUCGGACGGCCGCAAGUCCUUCUUUUUGUUAUUUUAAAAAUUUUAAUUUAUUUCGUUUUUUGAAUUUUAACAAGUUUAAUUAUUAGUGAAUGUGCGAAUAUUACUCAUACCCCUAAGUUUUUCUUUUUUGCUCGUUGCAAAUUCAAGUAAAAUAUUAACAACACGAGUUUCAAUAUUUAAAAAUCAUAAAAAAUGGGCAACCACAACAGUUUCAAUUUAAAUCACAAGGAACAGUUACACUCUGCCAGGAUUAAUUCACUUAACAAGGACCCAACACUCGGCAUGUUACCAAUGGAGAAACUUGGAAAGUUAUUGAUUCAAAAGAGUUUAGAAGAAGAUUCAAUUAAUGGCAUUGGCUGUGGUGUAUUUAAGCGAUACUUGUUUCCACAAUAUCCUGAAAUGGCUCGUAAACUUUUUGCAUUUCUGGUAACUUCAUCUGGUGGUCCUGCUUCUUCCCAUGUAAUUAGUUAUUCAAACUUUAAAACCCAAACUGAACGUUUGCUGAGUGUUUUGGCUGAUGACCGCCAAGUAUUGAUGUACGUCACGAUGUAUGCUGAUGGAAAAGAAGAAAUUGAUCAAGACCAAUUUCGAGAUCUACUCAUAGCUGUUUAUAAACUAGCGAUGGAUCAUUAUCCUGAAGGCCCUCAGUCGUGUCGUUAUAUAUUUAAGACUGUUCAAGCUGUUGUUGAUUCUGCAUUUCAUAAAAAAUUAACACUAAAAGUGGGUUACUUGACCAAUUGGAUACUUCAACAUUGCCCACGGUUAAUUGUCUUACUCCAUCGAUAUAUUGUUCACAUCUUGUCCACCGGUUACAGAUCCGUUAUUGAAAAGUGCCCAUAUUCCAAACCUAAUGAAAACGAACCUAAUGAUCUCGAAUUGACAACUCCAGUUUUGGAACAAGAAAACUUGUUCAAAGCCGAAAAGAAUCCAUUAUUGCCAUUGUCUCAAGUGUGGAUAUUAUCUACAACAUUACCAGCAUUAUAUACUCAACCAAUUUUGCAUUCCAAACCAACACCAAAUUGUUUCAACACUCAAAACUUCUUAUCAAAAUUUUUGGACUUUUCUUGUCCAUCACAUUGGACCCUAUUGUACAACAGCAAUCAACACGGUAUCGGAAGUAAUAGGUUUUUACAUCAUGUACUAAGUUAUCGAGGGCCAACGUUAACAUUCUUGCGAGGUGAUGAAGGGGUCUUAUUUUGCAUGGGAGGUACAUCUGAAUGGCGGGAGUCACACCAGUACUGGGGUGGAGAUGACACCAUUAUUUUGCAAUUAUUACCCCAUUAUAAAGUAAUCAACCGUGGCCCAAAAUCUAUGUAUUUGAACACAUCAAUACGUGGAUAUCCAAAGGGCAUUAGAGCUGGUAACGACCCUAGAAAACCAUCAAUUGAAGUUGAUGACUCGUUUCAACAUGUUACUCACUGUGGCAUACCAUACAAAUUAGAAAGUGUUGAAGUAUGGGGUUGUGGUUCACCAAAAAAUAGAGAAGUACAAUUGGAUAUAAAGAACUGGCAAAUAAAAGAAGCUGAGAAGAACCGAAAAUUAAAAAUGACAUCUAAAGAAUGGUUAGAUCACCCUGAUAGAUACUUAUUAGAGUUGGCUGGACGUCAGACAUAUUCAACAUCAUAAACCAGUUUUUAAUCAUAUAUUUUUUUCAGUCCUCAUAAUGUUGUUUUUGUAUGUGUAUAUAAGAUAUUUUUUUAACUAUAUUUCAACUCGUGCUUUAAUUUCUCGACGUACUUACGGUUACAAGAGUAUUAUUUUAUCAGUAUUAACCGAAUACCAGAUAAAGUUUACUAUGAAUUAUAGAAAUUGACCAUAGUUUUCAAAAUAGAAAUACUUAAACAAAUAUAAAUAUAUUGAAUUAUUGAAAGUUUUAAAAGACCCAUGUAUUGUCUAUAUAUAUUUUUUUAUUCUAACAGUUUAUUGUGUCCAUAAUAGAUUAAUGAAAAAAAUUGUUUUCUACAUUGGUUCUACAGUUGAAUUAAAUACAGUAAUCUUGAGUUCCACACUUCAAUCCAUCAUUAUUAAUUAAAUUAGUUAAUCUAAUAAAAUUCAAGAUUUAUACAUAUCUGUUAUUUAAAAUGCAAUCUUUUUCUUAUUAACUGUUACAAUGUUAAAAUUUAAAUUUUUUAAAUUAUAACAAAAUACAACAGAACUUUUUUUUUGUUAAGUGAUAAACCUGUGAUACAUCUUAAAGCUCAUUUGAUGAUCGUGUAAGCAAUUUUUAUUAAAUUAUUGACGAAUUUAAUAGCAAGUCUGAGGGAUUUUCAAUCUCAAAAAUGUAUUUGAAGAGCCAUAAAAAUCAAUGAUUUUUUUAAUCUAUUCUUGUGUAUUAUUUUUUUUUGUGUAUUUAAUUAUUACAAAAAAAGUAAAAUAAUAAGAAAGUACUCUUCAAUUUAUUUGAGGUGUUAAAUAAAAAUUCUUAUGUCUUGUAUCUAAAAUAGAGCUAUAUUUUAAAGAUGAUAUAAGAUCGUAAUUUAUUAUUUUACAAUUCUUUUUACUUAUAA